AUGGAAGGAAGAUAAUAAACUAGAAAGUUAUAUGCGAAAGACGAAUAAUAACAAAAGAGAUUGCAAACGAUAUUAACCAGAAUAGGUUCUUUAAAAGAAGAGAGGAUGAAACUAAUAUUAGUGUUGGGUGGGAGUUCUAAGUUGAAUAAACAAAUGAAAAUAUUGGAAUUCUUUGAAAAAGAAAUUUAAUCAUAGAAAUAAUUUUGCAAGUGGAAAACAGAUGUAUGA